AUGACGGAGGAGGCAGAUCCUGAAUUAUGGGACAAGAUGUGCCAGGAGUGGCUGCCGGCCACGGGGUACUGUAGUGCAGGUGGACUCUGUAGCGCAGUGGACGGUGUCAUCUACGCAGCGGCGAAUACGGAUACUAGGGGGUGGGGAGUUCUGUACAAAGAGGACCACGAACAAGAUGUUCUAGGAGAAGACGGCAAUCCUGUAGGAAAAAUGACGAUUAAUGAAGGAAGCACAAUCAAAAAAGCGAUGGAUGAGGGCGCUGCUCCUGAAGGCGUCUGGAUAGCUGGCGUCAAGUACAAGGUAGUAAGACCGGAAAAGGAGGUAGAAUAUAAUGGUGCCCUGUAUGACACAGUGAUGUGUGCUCGCCACAAGGGCGGCGCGCAUUUAGUCAGAACCCCGAAAGGAACCAUAGUUGUGGCAAUAUAUGAUGAGGAGAAGGAACAAUCUGCUGGAAGCAGCCGCGACUGUGCGCUUGCCUUUGCUCACCACCUGAACUCCGAGAUGGGGUGUUAA